AUGCAGAAGAGGAGGUACGGGCAGGUCUUCUCAGGUGACGACGAAGAGGAUGGAGAAAUUAGACGGGGUGAAGGCAGUGAGGGGGAGGAUCCGAAGAAGGUACGGGUAGGAGGAUUGCAGGAACCUGACGACGGGGAGGCAGCAGAAGAAGAAAAAGAAGAAGAGGGCGAAGAGGCUAGAUGGAGAGCACGGGAUGCAGAGGCUCCAAGGAAUCCAUGGGGAAGAGGAUUGCAAGAGGUAGAAUCAAGGAAAGCUGACAGCGGGAAAGAUGAGAAGAGAGAUGAUGCACAGGAGGACAUAAAGACGGUGAUUUCUGAUGAAAACAAGCUUUCAAACGGCAUUUCUGAUAAUGAAAGUGCAUCCUCGACUCCUGACAUCCUGUCUAGAGAAGAAUCUCCAGGACCCACGAUAGCGGAGAUUCCGAGAAGCCAUCCAAGUGAAGCCUCAGAAAUUCACGUAGCUUUAGAGAAAUUGGGGGCAUUGACGGGAGAUGUGCAUCGUGUGAGGUGGCUGGAGAAACUUGUUCAAGGAUUUCGGCUCGUUGGCAGUUUGGAGGAAAAUGUGUCCUUGGAUAAUGGGAAGAAGGUGAGUGAGCAUGCUGCAAUUUUAGGCCUUCUUUCAUCAUCCUGGGGACUUUUUCCCGGUUUUCGAUACGUCUUCUGUUUCAUCAAAUAGUCAAUCUUUGUCUGGUUUCCCGAUCGGAAAUAAGCUCCCGGAACUUAUAACUCAGUUUUCCUUGGAUCUUGAGUCGUUGAGUUUAAGUAAAUGCUCGACAGUUUAUCGUCAUAGUUCUAACUUCCGUUUCUUUUUCUUUUUUUUCAGGCUAGGGAAAGCUUUUCCUGGCCAGAUUCUGCUCUUCCGAUGAUAGUUGCUCUUGAGAAGACAGUGCACGAAGCUCUUGGCUCCGAUUUUCGCAAGUAUAAUCAAAAGAUGAGGAAACUGGAUUUCAAUUUUAAGGUCAUACUCAUGCUUAUUUGCAUAAUUUCAUGAACUUUUGAAUCAUGCGCUUCGUCUCUCACAUUCAAUAACCAUCAAUAAUCCACAAGAACAAAGAUUCCGCAUGAUAAGGAAUCUUCCCACUGUAAUAAAGUAUUUCAUCAUCCCAUAAAGCAAUUUUCUUAUUGUGCUUGUGCAUAUCAAUGCCUCCGUUUAAUGAGCAAUCGAACCUUCCAGCGCAACGCGUUGCUCACAAGACGUUUCCUAAAGGGGGAAUUAGAGCCUAAAGUGAUUCUCAACAUGACUCCAGAGGAGUUGAAGGUAAAAAAAAACCUCUCAUCUUCGUUCGUUGACAUUUUUCAUGAAAUGGGCAUUCCUUCGUUAUCAUUUCUGAGGAUUAAAUUAGAGAAAAAUUGACAACGUGCAAUGGUUAUGAGCAAAAGAUAUUUAACUUAGUUUGAGUGCUUACGUGCUUGAAAUGCGCGUAUUUUUUGAAAGCAAUGGUUAAUCAGCGUAUUCUCCAAUAAACACAGUAUUGGCCAGUGUUGUCUCGCCUAUUAUACAUUAUCCAUUUAUUUAAUAUUAUAAUUUUAGGCCCAGCUGAUGUACAAAUCGUCCAAGUAAGGAUCAUCAAUUGCACCAUGGUUUUUAAGGAUAUAUGAGAAAAAGAGUGCAUGAAAGGAUGCAUAUAUAUUAAGACCAUAACUCCCUACGAACAGUUCCAUUUUAAAGCGCAUAUCUUCGCCAUAGCAAUUGCACUUGUACUAUCUACAUUUUUUUUGUCUGAUCUCGUGAUUACACGUUUAUUUUAUUUAUCUAUUAGGGUUUAUUUUUUUUAAUUUUCUAGGUUUUUUUUCCAACAUUUCCCUUCUGGAAAUUCAGGAAGGCUUGACUUUUAAUGAGAAGAAGAAGAAGGAGCCUGAGCAGUUGCAGUACAUUCAGGUUCUGUUUUAUGUUAAAAGGCUUUCUGUUCCGGAGGUCCUGGUCUGGAUGCCCUCAAACUAGGCUUCCUUGCGCUACGUCAGAUGGCAGAUGCUCGGUGUUCGAGAUGCGCGGAAAGGAAGGUGGGGGUCGUAGAGAUCAUCCAUGCGGGAGGAUCUGGUGAUAGGUAUCAGGUCAGUAAUUUAUCUCAUACUGGGUACAGUCCUUCUAAAACUUGAUAUAAUUUCCGCUCUUUUUGUUGGUCUCCUGAAGGCCUGCUGAGAUUUUAUGAUGUUCAUCCCACCCGUUUAAUCCAGUUGGAGUGUGCUUCAUGCGGCCACACCUGGUCUGCUUCCAUAGAUGAUGUGUCCUCGUUGACCAUCGAUUCACCAAGAGCGGUGGGAAACGUCGGUGCUGCACCGUGGGCCACCGCCAAGUUUGAAGACGUCGAGAGGAAGCUGCUGAGCCCCCAUGAAGCUGGGAAGUCCUCGAUCGAUCUUCCACAGAGAGAAGUCGAACCUUACAUUCCCGUGCUAGAGACGCGGAGGUCUCUCGACAAGUGGAAUCCGGAAGACGUUCCUGACUCGGCCACACUCGCCGGCUAG